AUGAAUGGGAGUGAGGCUGGUGGUAACGAGCCAGUUAGCGGGCCCACAUCUUUGUCGCCUUUCACAGCGGCGCGAACUUUGGGCAAGCGGAACAGUGGCCAGUACCUCGGCAAUAUCGGAGGCCGCGGACACCUGGACAAGUUUAGCGGCGGCGAGCUGCGGCGGUCGGCCGGCAAGGCCGAGCUCCUCCGCUCGCUGAUGCUGCCGCACGUGCUGAGAGCAGUCGCUUCUAAUUCGCUCGGAUCGGCAGCUGCACGAGGCCUGGGCAAGACUGGCGGGGAGGACGUUUACCGACGCACGGCGGACGGCUUGUUGCGGAGACGUGUUCCGGCCAACACGUUCGACUACCUGAACGGGCUGACGCUCGGCGGACACCAGGCUGCUCUUUACAAGCGUGGUUACGGCCACGGCGAGUUCGACGAAAUUGACCACGCGGGAUGGCCGGGUUUCUACAAGCGCAACUUCGACGAAAUUGACAGAACUGACUUUGAGGAAUUCCGCAAGCGCAACUUUGACGAGAUCGACCGAACUGGUUUCGAGGGAUUCCGCAAGCGUAAUUUUGACGAAAUUGACAGGACUGGUUUCGAUGGAUUCCGCAAGCGUAACUUUGACGAAAUUGAUAGGACAGACUUUGGAGGCUUCGACAAGCGUCAAGCUGCCAUGGAAGACUGAGCACCAAUCGAUCUUUAACCUCGAGCUUACGCCCUAACUUCAUUCGCCGCUGCCAACAACCUUCCAAACAUUCAAAUUCACCACGACCGGUCCACCACAUUGUAUGCUUCUGCAACUAUUUAGAAUGCUUAAAAGGGCUUAUUGAGCAAAGUGAUUGUUAGAGAACAAAAAAUACGGCUUGAUUACUUAAGACAACUGUGUUGAUCAGGAAUAUAAAAUUUAGUUUACGCGGUCAGUACGUCACUAGCCCCUGAGACUACGCUUCUGACAAUUCGCUUGCCAUGGGUGCCGGACAUUUUACGAUAUUUUUUUUUUUCGUUGUCAUCCAAGUGAACCAAGGGGAAGGAACUGACAGCCGUUUUUAAUUUUUGUAUUUGUGCAAAACUGUUCUACUAUAUCCGAUUUUCGUGUUAAUAAAGGCCUUAUUUGGGAAUGUAAUGCGCUUCGCAGCAGCAUUGGGCCCGCCGAAGCGUUUUCACCACUUCAAACCAACUGAGGAAGUACUCACAGCAGAGGUGCCCGUAUGCGGACAAGUGCGAUGAUCUCU